GCGAGGUGGCGGUGAGUCUUUACCGUUUCACCAGUAGCUUUCGGGGAGACGAAAUUAAAACAGAGAUUCCCUGGGAGUUAACGAAUCAAACAGCAAACAGAGUGGAACUAUUUCUUCACAGACCAAGGAUUAAACAAGCCAACAUACCCUGACCCUCCGGCUUCGAAGAUGGGAUGCCAACGCUCUCCUCGGUCUGAUGUAUUCGGCUUAGUCGUGGUGAUGGCUUGCAGACUUGUUCUGGCAGCCAAUAACUAUAAUUGUGAUGAUCCUCUGUUGUCUCUGUUGCCCACAACAUCAUUUGAAAGCUCUUCUGAGUUCUCUAACAGACAUUCAGCAAAAUUUACAAGGCUGAACAAAAGGGAAGGAGCAGGUGGCUGGUCACCUCUAAAUUCUGACCAGCACCAGUGGCUACAGAUCGAUCUGCGAGACAGGAUGGAAAUAUCUGGGGUUGCCACACAGGGAAUUCAUGGUAGCCCAGACUGGGUCACCAACUACCUCUUGAUGUUCAGUGACACAGGCAGUGGAUGGAAACAAUAUCACCAAGAAGAUGGUAUUUCGACUAUUCCAGGAAACAGCAAUGCAGACAAUAUUGUACACUAUAAGCUGCUGCACACCAUCAGGACAAGAUUCCUAAGAUUUGUGCCCAUUGACUGGAAUUCUGAGGGGCGAAUUGGAAUGAGAGUAGAAGUCUACGGCUGUGCAUACAAGUCAGAUGUUGCCGAUUUUGAUGGAAGGAGUUCUCUGCUCUAUCGCUUUAACCAGAAGUCCAUGAGCACCGUGAAGGAUGUCAUCUCCCUGAAGUUUAAGAGUUUACACAGUGACGGUGUUUUGGUGCAUGGAGAGGGUCAACGAGGCGACUACAUCACCUUGGAGCUGAAUCAAGGCACACUUGCCCUCCAUAUUAACCUUGAUGAUUCCAAGCUCCAGUCCAGUGCCAGUAGUCAUACGCUGGUAACAAUAGGCAGCCUCCUGGAUGACCAGCACUGGCACUCUGUUCUGAUUGAACGUUUCAACAAGCAGGUGAACUUCACCAUAGACAAAUAUACCCAACACUUUCGAAUCAAGGGGGACUGUGACUCACUGGAUGUUGAUUAUGAGCUAAGUUUUGGAGGAAUCCCUUUACCAGGCAAACCAGGAACUUUCUUGAGAAAAAACUUUCAUGGAUGCAUUGAAAAUCUGUACUACAAUGGUGUGAACAUCAUUGACCUGGCAAAACGACGCAAGCCACAGAUCUACACAGUGGGUAAUGUCACAUUUUCCUGCACGGACCCACAGAUUACACCUGUGACUUUCACCAGCUCCACUAGCAGCUAUCUGUUAUUACCCAUCGAGUCUCAGGCAGAUGGCUUCUCAAUUCGCUUCCAAGUUCGCACCUGGAACCGGGACGGAUUUUUGUUUUACACACAGCUGUACCAAGAAUCAGAACAUUUAUUACUCUUCUUCAGCCAUGGGAAAUUAAAGCUGACUUACCAGAAGUCACUAUUUGAGAAAACAGAAAUGACAACAGGUUCUAAUCUCAAUGAUGGGUUGUGGCACACAGUAAGCCUCAGCACACAAGGCCUUCAGGUCACUUUGCAGCUGAAUAAUGAUGUGCCCUCCACCAUGGUGACAAAGACUCAGCUCAUCUCUGUGGACAGCUGCUAUUUUGGAGGGUGUCCCUCCAAUAUAAAAGACCUCAAAUGCAAAAAUCCAACUCUUGCUUUUCAAGGUUGCAUGCGACUGAUAUUCAUUGUCAACCAACCAGUGAAUCUAAUCCUUGUGCAGCAAGGUCUUAUCGGCAAUUUCAGUGAUUUACAAAUUGACCUGUGUGCCAUCCAAGAUAGAUGCCAACCAAACUUCUGUGAACAUGGAGGCCAGUGUUCUCAGUCUUGGAACACCUUUUAUUGUGAAUGCUCUGGUACUGGUUACACAGGAGUUACCUGUCAUAACUCUGUUUAUGAGCCAUCCUGUGAAGCCUAUAGCCAUUCAGAGACCACAUCAGGUCACUUUUUAAUUGAUUCAGACGGAAGUGGACCACUGGGACCCACCUUGGUUUAUUGUGAUAUGACAGAAGACAAAGUAUGGACCGUACUGAACCACAAUAACACAGAGAUGACUUGGGUUCAGGGCUCAAGUCUAGAAAAUCCAUAUUCCAUGCAGUUCAGCUACAGUUUGACUCAAGAGCAGCUACAGGCCCUGGUGGCCAGAGCGGAGCACUGUGAACAAGAAAUCAUCUAUCGAUGCUGGAGGUCUCGAUUACUCAAUGCACGAGAUGGGACGCCCUUUUCAUGGUGGAUAGGCAGGACUGGAGAGAGACAGACCUACUGGAGUGGUUCAUUACCAGGAGUGUUGCAAUGCGCAUGUGGCCUUGAUGAAAACUGCAUUGAUAUGAAUUACUUCUGCAACUGUGACGCAGACAAAGAGCAAUGGGUUAAUGACACUGGUCUUCUGUCUUACAAGGAUCACCUGCCUGUAAAUCAAAUUAUAAUUGGAGACACAAACCGAACCAAUUCAGAAGCAGUUUAUAGAGUUGGUCCUUUAAAGUGCCAUGGAGACAGAAACUUCUGGAAUGCAGCUUCAUUUAACAAAGACACAACGUAUCUUCACUUCUCGACCUUCCAAGCAGAGCUAAGUGCCCACAUUUCCUUCUACUUUAAAACCACAGUGGGAUCUGGAGUCUUCUUGGAAAACCUUGGAGUUAAAGAUUUUAUUAGGAUUGAACUGAUUUCAUCCCAAGAAGUGAUGUUCUCUUUCGAUGUGGGAAAUGGACCUGUCAAUCUGUCAGUGAAGUCUCCAGUCCCUUUCAAUGACAAGCAGUGGCACUUUGUGAAUGUCGAGCGAAAUGUUAAACAGGCUUCUUUGCAAGUUGACAAGCUGCCUAUAGUGUUCCAGGAUGCCUCAGGAGAGGGACACAUCCGCCUACAGCUCAACAGCCAACUGUUUGUAGGAGGCACUGCAUCAAGAAAAAAGGGGUUUCUGGGUUGCAUUCGCUCUCUAACACUGAAUGGUGUUACCCUUGACUUGGAAGAGCAGGCAAAAUUAACAUCUGGUGUCCAGCCUGGCUGCCCUGGUCACUGCAGUAGUUAUGGCAGCCUGUGCCACAAUGGAGGAAAAUGUACUGAGAAAUAUAAUGGCUAUACUUGUGAUUGCAGCAACUCUGCUUACAUGGGUCCCUUCUGCACCAAAGAAGUCUCAGUAAUUUUCGAAGCUGGAUCUUCAAUGACCUAUACUUUUCAGGAGUCGUUCUUAAGCAGUCAGAAUGAAAGUGAACAGUUUUCUGCAAUUUUUACUGAAAAAAACAAGCCAAGAAAUAACAUCACCUUCAGUUUUCUAACAACACACACACCAGCAAUGUUGUUUUUUGCUACUAUGGACCUUCAGGAGUACAUGGCCAUUAUUCUCUCAAAGAGUGGUUAUCUACAAAUCUGGUAUCGACUAAAGAAGCAGAAAGAGACAGGUGUCCUUUCAGCUGGCUCAAUCAAUUUAGCUAACGGGCAGCUUCACCGAAUCAAAAUAAAGGUGAAAGGCAAGCAUCUGUAUGUUCAGAUUGAUGACAACGCAAGUCAAAAUUACACCCUCGCCUCUGAAGAGUUCAGCGCAAUGAAAACUCUCACACUUGGAAGACUCACAGAUAGACCAAGUCUGGAUUCUCAAGUCAUGACUGCAGGAGCACGGGGUUUUAUUGGAUGCCUAUCUUCAGUCCAGAUUAAUCAAAUAACACCAUUAAAGGAGGUUCUUUAUCAAAGUGGCAGCACACGGGUUUUAGUGUCAGGCCGAUUGCGCCAGUCAAGCUGUGGUUCUGCUAGUCUGGAUGAUCUGAAAACGAUUUCAACAGUCCACUCUGUAUCAGAUCAUGCAGGAAAAGUUGAUAAUGGAAAGAAGCCACUUGCUAAUGCAGUAGAAAGUGACCCAUUUCUCAUCGGAGGCAUUAUUAUUUUGGUGAUUAUCAUCGUUGUCUGUGUCAUGGCAACAACAGCUUGCUUCAUCCACCAGUAUAGAAGUCACCAGUCUACAAAUGUCAAGGAACGUCAUGAUAGUGGAUUCAAUCACUGCAUGGGCAACAACAUUGACCUCCAGAGUGCUGUCAGUGACAGAAGAAUGGAGUACUUCAUCUGAUCCCUGUUUCUUUAUUAAUUUUCUGUGUGUCUGUCUGCCCCUCGUAACAAUCAAAGUCCAGAGAGAAAAGUCUCAGCUUUUCACCCAAAUAAGAUAUUCAGGGAUUACCCCUGUUUAUUUUCUUUUGGAGGGUAUAUUUAAAGAGUGGCGGAGCAUACCACAUGUCCACUGGGUUAAUUCUGUUAUUAGAGGUGGACAGAGGAAAAACAUGCUGGAGAAGUUAGAGUAAAUAAAAGUAAAGUGAAUCUCAGCUUGGGGCUACAAAGCCUUCACGUUUGUUCAAUGGUUCACAUACAAAUGAAUGCAUCAAAUUGGCACAAAUACUGGACUUUAUGAGAACCCAGUCUCAAUUUGUUAUGCUUAAAUGAGGAAAUACAGUAAAAUGUAUGAUGCAGACAAUGGAGGAAGUCUGUUUUGCCAUUGGUAACCAACAGUGUUAUCCGUUUCUGUGCUUCCACAAGAAGGGCCCCUUCACCCCAUUUUAAACCUGCUUUAACCCCUGGAUUGGGAAAUGUAUGCGCAAGCAUCACAGCAGAUGAUAUGCAAGGUUUCUUCACGUUGUCAUAUGGUGUGCUACAGCUUCACCAAACCAAAGCCAACUUUACUGACAAAGCUCUUGGCAUGAAUCUAAUCAUGGAGGACAUGAAUUUGUUUGUUUUCCAAGUGUGUUUCUUGAUUUUUGUGAGCCUGUUGUGAUUGAAUGUUUUUAAUUGCUCUGUCACUAACAGAAAUGUAAGGCAAGAAGGCAGGCUUCAGAGUUCCAUGGCUUGGCGAAAAAGAUGUCUGCCUCUGUCUUGCUUCUUAACCACUGAACUUCAGUUCAAUUCAAUUUAUUCUUAUUAAGCAGAGUUACACUUAGGAGUCCAGUGCACUCUACAAUAAUUGCAGAAAAGAACUAUGGCUAAAAGACAUGAAUAUUUUCAUUUUCCUGCAAUAAAACAGUAGCGGGAAGGCAAGUCAUCCACAGUUCUCUGUAAUUGAAUUUGACAGGCUUAACAGCGUUUUAUCAUUUUUUUUAUGUAGAGUUAUGAGGAAGUAAAAUGAGAACCAGUCUCAGUAAUGUCCAUUCAUUAGUCACCAUCACAUCAUUCUGUAGUCAUCUUUAAAAGGUAAUUGGUUUGUAUAGGCAUUUUCUACAUAUUCUUUUCUUUUAAUUAUUUUAUAUUUAUGUAACCUCAAGUCUGCUAAAGUAAGCCAAGGCAUAAAAGGCUGACUAGAAUAAGUAUAAAACUGAGGAAACCUAGUAAAUUAAUUUGCAAAUAGUGUUAUAGAAAGUAACAGAAGAAAGUAAUAGGUAAGUAAUGUAUA